GCGGUCGCCCCUCUGCGCCACGGCCGACACUCUUCGUCGUCGUAUCGUAUCCCAUCGGUUUUCGACUUUUCCCUUCCGCGUAAACGUUUCCCGUCCGACGCACGACGUUCCCGAUAAGAGUAUACGAAAUCAAAGGAAAAGAAGGAUAGUCCGCCCGUUACGCGUCACCCUUCGCCACGUCCAUUCCUUCCGUUCGCAAUCUUCUCAACGUAUCGUAUCUAUAACCAAUUAAAUUCUUCCACGAGUACCGACUUCUUUCAAACUCGUGCUAAUUCUUUUCAAACAUCCGAUCAAAGAUUAUUUUAAUUUUCAAGGCCGCCAACCAACACCGCGACCCCUUCUCCUUCUCGACCUCCACCGCUUCUCUCCUCCGUCCCAAUCUCUUCCGCUCGUUCGCCCUCCUAAUUGGAUCCAAGAGAUAAUAAGAUUUGAAUUUCGAAUCGGGGUCAUAUCGCGAUAAACCGACCGCGUUUCCCGUAGACGUUGAGAAUCCAACAUCAUAUCUUUCCUCCUCUUCUUCUUCGUCUUCUUCUUCUCCUCCUUCUCCUCCUCCUCCUCCUCCCUCCUCCCUCCUCCCUCCUCGUCCUCCUCCUUUUUCAAUACUUGGAAUACAAAUAAAAACUUCUUCCUCCAGUCAUUCGUAAACUCGUCGGUAUUCGCGUAAAUACGUCGUCGUAUCGAAGUUACCAAAACGUUACGAUAAGAACUUAUUCGGGAGGUCAUAGACAAUCAUACACGGAACUCGACUAAUACCAAUAACGUUCUAAAUCAAGAAUAGAAAAGCAAGGAGUUACAGUGAUAAUAAGCGACAGUGAUAUAAAGAGGCAACGCGAGAGCAACGUCCUGAAAGGUGGUAUUGUGUUACGGGAAUAGAGGAAAGCCUAUUACCUAGAGUGCCAAAUGCCGAAGAGGAAAUAAUUAUAAAAGAGGAAUAAUUAAAAAGCCAAAGUAGAAGAAAGAAGUUUUAAAGUUCCUAGCCUCCUAUAUAUAGAGGAAUAAUAAUAAUAAAACGAUUUGGACUAUUUGUUCGCGCGCCCAAAAAAGGACAGAGGCAUGCAGUGGUAAAUAAGAAAGGGGUGUCAGGUGGUGAUUAAUCGUCGCAAGAGCUCUCGAAGGAGCUCGGUAAGGUCGCCCCCGGCAUCACCCUGGCUAACGACCUGUCCGGAGGUAGCGGUGGUCCCGGUGCGGCCGGCGUCGGCACCGUCGGUGGGACCGUCGGUGGGACAUCCGUCGGCGGCGGCGCCGGCGGCACCGCUGGUGGUGGUGGCGGUUCGUCGCUACCGACGACCGCCCUUAGCCUCGAUCAUCAGCAAUUCAAUAUAUUCCCGGCUAUAUUUAGUCGGCAAUUAAACUUUUCUGCCAAUUGCGGUCAGAACAAGCUGAUGGACGAGCUAAGGCCGAAUCUCGGCCUACUCGGAGUUGGUCUAGUAGAGAACGACAGCUUCCAUUUGAAUCACAAUCAAGAAAAGAGAAAGUGUAGCAGCGCGAGCUCGAACGAACAAGACUUUGGGCUCUACGGGGUGCAUCAGGGCCUCGAAGCUAGCCCGCCGACGCCUGCGGCUACACCGGGAAGAAGCAGCGUGGGGGCCACCACUACCGUUGGAGCCGAAGGAGCUUUUAAAAAAUUAAAACCGGACCCUUGCGCCUCUAGCCCUCACAUUGGCCACACACCCACCACCGCGAGUUGUCCUACACCGGCUCGACGUCGGCACAGGACUACCUUCACACAGGAGCAGCUGGCAGAAUUGGAAUCGGCGUUCGCAAAAUCUCAUUAUCCUGACAUAUACUGCAGAGAGGAAUUGGCGAGGACCACCAAAUUGAACGAGGCUAGAAUUCAGGUCUGGUUCCAGAACAGAAGAGCGAAAUAUAGAAAGCAAGAGAAACAAUUGCAAAAGGCACUUACUCCGAUACCCGCGUGCCAAGGUGCCAUGAUGAGGAACAUCUAUCCUGGUGCUAGCAGAGGUUAUCAACCCUAUCCACAUCCACACAACAGUAUAAACGGAAUCAAUCGUUAUCCUCAGAUGGGCACGACGUCUUACCCUAGCAUGACCCAACCCUUCUCCAUGUCGCAUUCGGCGUCGAACAUGUCGGCGGUCACCGGUAUGCGACAAGACGCGAUGGGCAUGUCAGCGGAGGACGAAUGGUACAACAAGAGUAUCUCGGCCCUAAGAAUGAACACGGCCCAUCAUCCUAAUCUCGCCGCACCGAUGCUGCAAUAUCAAACAUAAUUGUAAACGUAUACCGCUGUAAAUGUUCACCGACCGAAUAAACGCUAAACACGUCGUCGGACCCAUCGAGAACGAGGACGAGGAGAAAUGGCGACCGUCGUUGAUCGUUACCGAACUCAAAAACGAAAAAGAGAGAGAAAUGGAGGAGGGGGUGAGAGAGAGAGAGAGAGUUGGCUAAAUUUCUUUGCGAAAGAAAAAUUAACAAUUUUUAAACGGUUAAGAUAUUAGAACACGUGGGUCGCCGAAAUUAUUUUUCUCGUUCGAACGUAGCCAACGCGUUCUUUUCUCGAAAUUAAUCGUCCAUAAAGCUCAAAGAUGUAAAUCGAUGAAUAAAUGCUAACAAAUUAAUAUCGAGGACGAAUAACUCGACACCGUGUUUCGUCACUUUGCGACGCGAAUGUAAGAGUGGAAAAACAGUUAAAAAAUGUCGAAAAGACAGAGAGAGAGAGAGAGAGAGAGAGGGAGAGAGAGAGAGAGAGAAAGUGGGAGUGGGAGCGGGAGAGAGGAAGAGGGAGAGAAAAAGGAAGAAAAAGAAAAAGAAUUAUGAUCAACAUGGUGGAGCACAUUUAGCGCAAAUAAUUUUAUAUACGUACACGAGUUUUCCUAUUCGAUUAUAAUGUACAGUAUAUAGAGCUUCGAUGAUUUUUCCGUUUACGUGUUCUCUCGAUCGCGUAACAUUUCGUCCGACAAUGAAAGGGAAAACAAAUAAAAAAAAAAAUGAAUAAAAGAAUGAAUAGAGAGAGAAAGAGAGAGAGAGAGAGAGAGAGAGAGAGAGAAAGAGAAAAAUAAAUAAACGAUCGUAUAUUCGCUCGAAUUUGUAGCUUAGAGACGAAUGAGCGUAUAUGAGAAAUGUGAAACGAUUUAAAAAACUAAAAAAAAUAAGAAGAGAGAGGGAGAGAAAAAGAGAGAGAAGAAAAAUGAAAAGAGAGAGAGGGGAGGGAGAGAGAAAGACAGAUAGAAAGAGAAAGAGAGAGAGAGAGAGAGAGAGAGAGAGAGAGAGAGAGAGAAAGAAGAAAGGAGAUCUUUCGUUAGUUUCUUAACAACGAGAUUAAAAAAAGACAGACUUUCGGUUGAAGGAAGAAGACUCUGGGGAAUUGUAAAUACAUGCAAAGAUAUAGAUAUUAUAUAGCGUAAUCAGCAGAAUAUUCUAGCGUAUGCGAUUUUUCAAUGUCCUUUUAAAAGAAAAAAAAAAAAAAAAAAAGUGUAAGCGUACCCUUAGUGAAAUAUUAGGCAUUGAUUUGUGUGCUUAUGUUGACCGGGAUUUUAAAGUAACCGACUAUGAUUGAUAAUGACGAUGAUGCUGAUAGUUUUUUCAGGCGACAUUAGGAUCGAAGGGUUGCGGGAGUAGAGCGAAUGGCGGCGAAUAUCGGCAGUGUCGUGCGUUCGAAAUUUGAAAGGCGUCAGGCUUGGAAAGUUGUAGAGACAAAAGUGAUUUAAUUAAAUAAAUAAAUAAAUAAAUAAAUAAAUAAAUAAAAAAAAAA